GUUUAGUUUCUUUUUUUCGGCGACCUGUUCGGUCGUGUUUUUCUCUAUGCUCUUGAUGGCUCAAGCCGAGGUGAAUAGCAAAGGUUUACGCGAGGGAGGGGAAAUUGUUCCCUCAGACUCAGAAAAUCAGGAGUCGGGCAGUAAUGCGCCGAAAACUCACAAUAAACGUCGGUCGAGAUACGACAUACUAGAAGAACAAUGGAAAAAAAAAAUCUCGACCUUGGAUAACAAGCUGGACGGUCUUAUUGCCACAAUCCAAGCUUCUGCAAAUUCGACACAAAGUCAGAAUAGUAGUAAUUCACGGAAAAGGAGAAGUAAGUUCACGAAAUCCCCAUCAGUUUCAGACAGUUCUGAUGAAGAUGCAGUGUCUUUAUAUUCUCAAACUUGUCAUUCACCAUCACACAGUGAGAACAAUUCUAGUGAUGAGAAUAACAUAAACUCACCGUUGAAUAAACAUGACUUAAAAGAAUCUACCAAAAAAUGUUUGUAUGAGAUUUUUGGUGAUGAUGCCACAAAUAAGAAGACUGUAAAAAAGGAUGGCAUUUGUGUUGACUUGUCUCAAAAGGAAGUGCUAGAAGACAGCUAUCAUUGCAAAACACCAAGACAUUUAACUGCGUUCAGUGAGGAAAAUUACAAUUUAUUUCCAGUGGAUGAACAAACAGAAUGUUACUUACAGGUACCUACACUGGACCCUUUAAUUGAGAAUCUGUUACUCAACAGGCAUGGCUCUAAAGCAUCGUUUAAGAAAAGCAAAGCAAAAACAUAGUAUUCACAACCGUGCAAGAUGGUAGAAAAAACUGCUUACCGUGGACAACAAGCUGCUAGACUUGGUGUAGUUAUGCAGUUAUAUGUUCAACAAAGUUUGGGUAAUCUGGUACAAUACUUGUCAUCAGAUGAUUUUUCAAAAGACAAUGCUAUACAGUCAGUAAAGGACAUUUUUGCGAUCUCUACCAAAUGUUUGGAUCAGUUAGGCAGAACUGCUGCUUUUCAUCACAUAGUAAGACGUACUGUGGCUAUGACAGACACUGGCAUAUAUGGACUGGCAGAUUCUUCUGACUUUGCUAAUCUACCCUUAUCAGGAGAAGGAGUGUUUGGCAUAGGACUUGAACCGUUACUCAAAGCUCGUAAAGACAAAAAGAAACAGUUAGAUGAAAUGUUACCUGAACUGAAGAAAAGAGGGAGUAAAAGAAAAUACUCACCAGAUCGUGUGUCACAGUCAGAAGCUAAACAGCAGCACUAUAGUAUUUCUACUAGUACUACAAACACAAAUUCAUCAGGAUGGAACAAUUUUCGCAUCCCUAGAGUACCAAGAGAACAGAGGGAUCAGUCCUCCUUCAGAACUUCUGCUAAGUAGGACAAGUCUGGCUCCAAACAAGAAUCCUUUCCCAAACGAUCCUCGAGAGGAAGGAUGGGAAAGCCAGCUCCACAAUGACAAUGAUGUCUGAAGAAACCGCCUUUUGAGCCGAUGAAAGAAGCCUCCUUGAAAUAUGUGACCUGGAAGACUUGUUUUUUGAUAGCAAUAACUUGUUUUCGUCGCUGCAGUGACAUUCAAGCCUUACGUUUAGGUGAAGGAAACAUAAAUGUACAAAAGAAAGGACUAACUUUCCUACUUGCAGGUUUGUCAAAACAAGAUAGACCUAAUCAUCAUUCCAGGAAGAUUUUUGUGCCAUCUUUUCCAAGUAAUAAAUUGUUAGAUCCAAAAAGAGCUAUGACAUACUAUUUGAAGAAAACAGAAUGUUUCAGAAUUCAAGGCUCGGAAAAUGAACUUAAACUCUUCUUGAGUGUUAUUAAACCGCAUGAACCAGUGUUGAGCCAAACUAUUUCUAAAUGGUUGGUCAAUGUGAUUAAGUUUGCAUACAAAAAGAGCAAUAAGCAGCUUGACAAAGUUAAAGGACACUCAACACAUAGCAUUGGCCCAUCCUGGGCUCUUUUCAAGGGUGCCUCUUUAGAUCAGGUUCUAGAUGCGGCAGAUUGGUCUUCUGAGACCACUUUUAUCAAACAUUACAUGAAAAAUGUGAAUGUAAAUAUAUUAGAUUUUCAUUGAAGUUGAGAAAUUAAGGAAAAUUUCUCUUAAUGACUGUGUUUUGGAACAGUGAUUCUUUUUUUCCAGCGAAUUGCUGUUUGAUUAAAACGUUGUUAAUAUAUAUUGUAUACACAACUUUUUAAAAGGAACUGUAUACAGACGGGUAUCUUUAUUGGAUAUGCUGUAUAGCUGGGAUUUACGUUUGUAAAUACAUUGAUACACUGAUAGUACAGUGUGUACAUAUAUUCCAUGAUUUAUUUGGAUUCCUGGAGUUACCAAAUGGAUCCACCAGUUGAUAUCAGGAUGUGAGAGACAGUUUUUAUAGGAUCACUUCAUAGGUAAGUGUUCCUUAAAUUUGCUUAAACUUUAACAAUCCCUCCUCCUGACAGUACUGCUUGUUAAUCUGGAUUAAUCCAUACAGUACUGUCGGGUAAGUUUAUUUACGAAAUGAAAAUUAAAAAUUUGUACUCAAAUUGAAGUUUUAUGAGUAAAUAAUACUUACCCGACAGUACAAUUAUACCCAACCCAUCCUUCCCCACAUUGUUAAAGUUUCUAGAGGAAUUGGUCGCCUCAAUAGAAACUAAACAUUUUCACGUGCCCCGGAAGUAAGAGUAGAUAACUCAAAUUUUACUUCCGGUA